AUGGCCGAGGCCGGGGCAGAUGUUGAGCGGUCGCCCGCGGGCGAGGCCUGCGCGGAGGCCCCGGGCCGGCGGGGGUCCCGCGGGAGCGCGCGGGGCGAGCAGCCGGCGGCGCCGGCGGGCUCCGCGGAGAUCCUGUUGGCCCUGGCGGAGCUCAAGGCAGACCUGCGCGCCGGGUUCGAUCAGCUCCGCGAGGAGCUGAGCCCGGACGGCGGGCGACCGGAGCUCAAGACGUCGCGCAGGCCGACCGUUCACAGCGACGUUCACAGCUACGCCCAGAUCGCUACCGACAGCUGGCCCGUGAAGAGCUCGAGGCAGGCGCUUCAACAGUGCGCCGCCCGGUCCAGCAGGCCCGACGAUGAGAUCCCGAGCCCGCAGCUGUCGCUGUCGAAGGGCCCCAGGCACGGGGCGGAGUCCGGCACCUCGUCGGAGAUGGUCAUGGUCCACGCGGAUGACAACGUGAACGACAUGACGUUGAACUGGAAGGGCGGCGGCGCGGGGCGCAGGGGCUCCAUCAAGGAGAGGCACCCCGAGCUCGCCAGCCGGGCGCUUGCCAGGCUGGGGAUGCUGAGCAGCGACAGCCAGCGCAGCCUCUCGGCGGACAAGCGCGCCGUGAUCCGCACCUUCGCCCACCACCUGGUUGUUACUCACGGCAAGUUCUUCGACAUCUUCAUCGGCGUGGUCAUCAUCCUGAACACCGUUUGCAUCGGUGUGGAGAUGCAGCUGAUGCUCGACCAGAACCCGUCCGUGCAGGUGCUGCACGACAUGGAGCACGCCUUCCUCGCGUGCUUCGUGGUCGAGGUGCUGCUCCGCGUCCUUGCCCUCGGGAUUAGCAAGGUCGUCCAGAGCAGGUGGUUCAUGUUCGACCUCGUCAUUGUCUCCACCGGGGUGACAUCGACCUGGAUCGUCGAGCCCAUCGUGGCCCAGAACGCCGUCGACUCUGGCGCCGUGGAGCUCAUGAACCAGGUCAUGAUCAUCCGGUUCCUGCGGCUACUGCGGAUCGUACGCGCGCUGAGACUUGUCGAGAUUUUCAAGGACCUCUGGACCAUCUGCCGCGGCCUGGUGCAGGCCGCGCGCUGCGUGACCUCCGCGUGCGCGCUCAUCAUCGUCGUGGUGUACGUCAUGGGCUGCCUGGCGGUGGAGGUCAUCACGCGCUCCGAGGUGCUGCUAGCCAAUGCCGAGUCCGCCGCCAUCGUCCACAGGCACUUCGAUACCUGCACUCGCCAUGAUGACCAUCUUUCAGUUCUGCGAGAGUGA